AUAAAAAAUUGAUCUUAUAUAUAAUCAGAAUAAUACGUUGUGUAAAUACGUUCGAAUGAUAUUCCAUUUCCAUCUGGAGUCAAAUUUUUAAAACGGAUGCAUCGAUAAAAUCGGAAUAAAGAUAGACUCAAAAAUCUUACGUAUAAUCUAUUGUAACUAAACAUACGAAUGGAAUUUUAUCUUCACUUCAAAUUUCGAAAAUUAACGAAUCGAUCGACGAUAGAAUAAAAAAUUGAUCUUAUAUAUAAUCAGAAUAAUACGUUGUGCAAACACGUUCGAAUGAUAUUCCAUUUCCAUCUGGAGUCAAAUUUUUAAAACGGAUGCAUCGAUAAAAUCGGAAUAUCUAUUGUAACUAAACACAUACGAAUGGAAUUUUAUCUACCUCUACUUUGAUUCAAAUUUUAAUAACGGAUUGACAAAGGCAGAAUAAAGACAGACGCAUAAUCAGUCUUGUUUCAUUUAAAUCGAUUCUCUUCUGCUCUCGGGACGAAUCUCGGACUAAACCGAGCCUAAAGUUUCGCAACUCGAAGAGAGAAAAAAAUGGAUGGCGUAGGCCGACGAGAUCGGCACGAUUUCCUAUCAUUUUCGCGCUCUGGAUGGAAAGCUGGACGUUAAUGCCGCGCUCGGCGGAUGCAAUUUAACGGUAACACGGCGAUUUGCAUAAUUGGUCGAGAUUGACCGUGUUCCGGUGGCUUGAUCCGAUUCGACCGGUGAAUCGCUUCGGACGAGAAGAAAACUGGCGCGCGACGAUCUGUUCGCAAACAACCGAUGACUAAUCGACACCAGUCUCGGGAGGAUACGCGGGAAAUCGAGCGGAAAUAGGAAGGCGUGGCCGCGGGAUUGGAUCGAGAUAAUUAUUUAAAAUUGCGUCUUCCUUGUCGCGUGUUUAAUUGCGAAGAAUAAAACUUUUCCUUUAUCCAAUCGCUGCGAUCGAACGUGACGAAAACGUGUGGUGGAAACGGUCCACGGAUCGUGACAAAAAAAAAAGAAAAAGAAAAAGAGUAAGAGAAGAGAAGAGCGCACGGGUCGGCCAGUGACGAAUCACGAUCGGCCGAGCGAGCAACAAGUAACAAGGAGCGUGAAAUAACGGGCCGUCGAAGGACGUGCACGGUUGUCGCGUUCGAGAACAUCUGUAACGCUACGUGACAAUCGGGUUGGAAGAGGCGUAGGUAGUAGGGAGCGGCGAUUAAGCGGUUCGAGUCGUCGUGAACCGAGUCGAAACUCGAGACGACGAGUGGACGAGUUUGCGAACGGGGCCAUUGUCUCCUCCGCGCGAUCACCGUGGAAGAUGGAAUCGAAGUGGAGAGAAAAGGUUUCCUUUCACGGAGGUUGGUUCAAGGCCCCUUAAUUCGUGAGCAUAUGGCCGACCGCUGGCACGCGUCGCAUAAUUUCGUUCCAAUGGUCGGCGUGUUUGGAAAGGCUGGGCGGAAAUAGCCCCGGCUUCAAUGAGAGUCGGAAGUGUGUACAAUGAACGCGGCGCACGGCUAAGGGGAAUUCGAUGAUUGGCCGCCCGGCCAGCGUUGUCGCAACGUCAACGUCUCCCCCCCACUCUUGCUUCCCUUUUACAAAAGAAGAAAACGCUUUUCGCGCCGCUGUUCGAACACAUCGCGGCGAUAACACCGGUUAAUCGUGCACUGUUGCCAUUUCCAAAUGAUGCGCGAUCGAGAGGGCGCAAUUAACGAGAAUUGAAGUUGUGAAAUAUUGAUCAAACUACAAGGAAAAUUGAAAGGUCGACGUUACUUUAAUUCGUGUACGCAGUUAUUGGAUUUUAAUUAUGGAAAACUUGCGAAAGGAAAUAAUAGAAAAAAUAAUAAUUAUGUGCUUGGAACAAAACGUAAAUACAACUGAGGAUUUUGUUUCUUUUCUGAUUACUUUAUUCCAUUUAAAUCCUAUAUAUAAAAUGGAUGAGAAAAAUGAGAAUCUUAUUAAAGAUAUAGUUGAAAAAAUAUGUGAUGAAAAAAAAAUAAGUUUAACAAUAUUGAAAAUUCAAUUAUAUUUUGCAAAACACUAUCAUGCCAGAGAUGAAGUCGUUAAACGAUACAGAUUACGAUUGCAUCAAAAAAGUGGACCAUUGGUUGCGGAAAUUUGUAAAACUGAAAAAAUUACAAAUAGACAGGAAUUUGAAAAAUUGUAUCAAAAGAUAUUGACGGUUAUCACUAUUUUAAGCGGUCUUGGAAAUCCUACUGUAGCCGCAGUAAUUCACGAAGUUUCAAUAGCAUUGAAAAGUAUUUUUCAACCUUUGGAAUUGGAACACUAUGUAAAAUUGUCUAAACGUGAGAAGGAAGAACAGUUAAUGGAAUUAAUGUGCAUAGUCGCUGGAAUACGAUUGUUUAACAGAGAUUGCCAACGCGGAGGAGAAGGGAUUGACGAUUUGCCUGCCAUUUUGCAAAAAGCUGUAAAAAGAAGUCGUGAAAUUAUCAUGGAAUUUUUAGAACAUUUAAUGACGAAAAUAUACAAAUUCACUGCAAUUGUAGAAAAAAUAUGCUUUGUAAAAGAAUUACCGAUUAAUAUUUUUUCAAAAAAGAAUAUAGAGUGGGCAACUGAAAUGUUAACAGUGUGCCGCCAACAAGAGAUUUAUAUCAGAAAACUGUUAAGCGACAUAGAUCGUAGCGAAAAGGAGAUUCAAAAUUAUCUAGAACGUCUUGAGAAACGCUUCUUUAAACUUCAUGACACUGUGAGGUAUAAAACUGCGAUCUCCAGUACUGAAGUAUACCCACAAUUCAUCGAUUUAGCCGAUAUAUGGAUGGGACUUCAGGAUGAAGUGAUUAUAAUAAGUGGUAUUAACAACUUUUUUUGGGAACUUCAAACUUUGACUACAAAGAAUUAUGUGAACACAUACAAUGAAACACUAAUGCUGGAUAUGCUGUCCGAUAAUAAAGUACUUACAGAUGCUGAAAGAUUAGAGCAAACGAUGGGUGAAUUAAUAGAGGAGUGUGGCCCGUGCACUAUUUAUUAUCCUAACACUACUGUGGAUUUCGAGAACAUAAAUUUAGAGUUUCUAGGAUUUUGCGCAUGGAUGUUCAUUAGAAAAGGAGUAUUAAUCCCGGGAAAUCCGAAUAAUGGUGUUGUUAAAUGGAAAGGAAAAUAUUAUGUAUUUUGUUCGAUCGAUGCAGCGAAAGAAUUUGGAAAAGAUCCCGAUAGAUACAUUUACGACGGUCUUAAUUUUAUACGCGAUAAUUUUGAGUAUGUAUAUUUGUUUCAAGUAUACGAUGAUGUACGAGCUUUACAAACUGAAGAAGUGAUGGAAGAAGGUCCUGAGUUAAAAAUGUGUAACCAUCGAAUGGUUCAAACAGAUUUGCAUAUACUUCCAUCGUUCAUCGAUAAGAAUUAUUCUUCGAAUAUCUGGGAAUUAAGAAAUAAAGCGUUACAUUUAGCGACAAUAAGUCGAUAUAAAACACGCAGCACUCAAACGCAUAAGUCCAACUUCAGAUACGGUGUUUAUAUACAAGCAGCUCCGCCUCGAGACAAAGAAGUUCAAACAAGAAGAGAUAAUUACACGAAUACAAAGAAACUCUUAACUUAUAUCUUUGGUCUACGGGGGAGGCACGAUGAUAAUCAACAUGUAGUAUCUUUCUUGGAAACCGAACUGAAACACUUAUAA